CGCUUCCGGCCGUGGCGUCCCGGCUAGCCGUGAAGAGCUUUGCAUUGUGGGAAUUCCUUCUUUUCUUGCUCCCCGGCCAUCUUGGCGGCCGCUUUUGGUUGGGGGCCUUCCCGCACCUAAGGCAGGAAGAUGGUGGCUGCAAAGAAGACGAAAAAAUCGCUGGAGUCGAUCAACUCUAGGCUCCAGCUCGUUAUGAAAAGCGGAAAGUACGUGCUGGGGUACAAGCAGACUCUGAAGAUGAUCCGACAAGGAAAAGCGAAAUUGGUCAUUCUCGCCAACAACUGCCCAGCUCUGAGGAAAUCUGAAAUAGAGUACUACGCCAUGUUAGCCAAAACUGGAGUCCAUCACUACAGUGGCAAUAAUAUUGAAUUGGGCACAGCAUGUGGAAAAUACUACAGAGUAUGCACACUGGCUAUCAUUGAUCCAGGUAUGCUUUUUAAAUCAUUUUUUCCUUCAUAAU